AUACAGUUCUUAAAUCUUGUUUGCUUCAGAGCUCCAUGGCUGCCCACGUAUCAGCUCUCCAACCUCUUUCUCUCUCAUCUCAUCCCCUCAAUCUUCAACUCAAGCUUCUUCGCGUCAAUUCUCUCAAAUUCCCAAACCCAUCUUUUUCAUCUUCUCGAUCAUUACAUGGUGGAUGUAAAUGGAGCUUAAUUACUUGUUCUUCCUCAAAUGGGUCGAGACCCGGCCCGAUUGAUGAUGGGGUGAAGAGCAUUGAAGAGCUUGUGGAGGAGAAAAGGCGCGCAGAAUUGGCUGCUCGGAUUGCUUCUGGGGAAUUCACUGUUAAGCAGUCUAGUUUUUCUAUGAAAUUGAGGAUCAAUCUGUCAAAAUUAGGACUUCCUUCAAAUAUUCUGGAUUUUGUGAUCAAACCUUUCGAAGAUUAUGAAAAGUUUUCUCAAAUUCCUGAGGCUAAAGGAGAUAUAGCAGCUAUUCAAAGUGAUGCCUUCUUUUUGCCUUUGUACGAGCUCUACCUCACUUAUGGUGGAAUAUUCAGGCUGAACUUUGGGCCAAAGUCGUUUCUUAUUGUUUCUGAUCCUGCCAUUGUUAAGCAUAUCUUAAAGGACAACUCUAAGGCUUACUCUAAGGGUAUCUUGGCAGAAAUUCUAGAUUUUGUGAUGGGAAAGGGACUCAUCCCUGCUGAUGGGGAGAUAUGGCGUGUCCGGAGACGGGCUAUAGUUCCUUCAUUACAUAUGAAGUUUGUGACAGCCAUGAUCGACCUCUUUAGCCAAGCUACAGAUAGACUUUGCAAGAAGCUAGACACUGCUGCUUUAACUGGAGAAGCAGUGGAAAUGGAAUCACUUUUUUCACGUCUAACACUGGAUAUUAUUGGAAAAGCAGUAUUUAAUUAUGAUUUUGAUUCUUUGACAAACGAUACUGGAAUUAUUGAGGCAGUUUAUGUUGUUUUGAGAGAGGCAGAGACCAGAAGUACUGCACCAAUCCCUGUGUGGGAGAUUCCCAUAUGGAAGGAUGUGUCCCCUAGAUUGAAAAAGGUGAAUGCGGCACUCAAGUUGAUAAACAAAACACUAGAUGAUCUGAUUGCAAUCUGCAAGAGGUUAGUAGAUGAAGAAGAACUUCAAUUCCAUGAGGAGUAUAUGAAUGAACAAGACCCUAGUAUUCUCCAUUUUCUUUUGGCAUCAGGAGAUGAUGUUUCCAGCAAGCAACUUCGUGAUGAUUUAAUGACUCUCCUAAUUGCUGGGCAUGAAACAUCAGCAGCAGUACUAACAUGGACUUUCUAUCUCCUGUCUCAGGACCCGGGAGUUAUGGCAAAGCUUCAAAAUGAGGUGGAUACGGUGUUGGGAGAUAGAAUUCCAACAAUUGACGACUUGAAGAACCUAAAAUACGCAAGUCGAGUGAUAAAUGAAUCUUUGAGGCUUUACCCGCAACCACCUGUCUUAAUUCGCCGAUCUAUUAAAGAGGACAUGCUUGGACCAUAUCCAAUCAAAAAAGAUGAGGAUAUUUUCAUAUCCGUUUGGAACUUGCAUCGUAGCCCAACUCUCUGGGAGGAUGUAGACAAAUUCAAUCCCGAAAGGUGGCCGUUGGAUGGGCCUGGACCAAACGAGACUAACCAAAACUUCAGAUACCUGCCAUUCGGUGGAGGUCCACGGAAGUGUAUAGGGGAUAUGUUUGCUUCCUACGAGAACGUAAUAGCAUUAACAACACUUGUUCGACGAUUUGACUUUGAGCUGGCACCUGACGCUCCUCCUGUGAAGAUGACCACAGGCGCAACCAUCCACACAACAAAUGGGCUUAUGAUGAGGGUUAGGCAUAGAACAACAUACCCUAUUAAACCCACAAUCCCUGUUGUGGAGACUGCUUCUCCUGCAAGUAUUAUUGAAGCUGCUAUAUGAUUAAGAUCAAAAUGCCCAUUUGUCUGUUUGUACAGAACGAGAACAAAGGACCGAGAGAGGGAGUAACUAGCUAGCUUUCGUUUGGACUGGCACGUCUUCAUAAAACGGACAAGUGAGCAACAUCUCUAGUUAUUCAUAAGUUGAUCUACAGUUCGAACACCCCCUCCUCCAUCGUAUAAGCCCGUUGUUGAAUUGUUGGCCGAUUAUUUUGUAAAUUGUGUCAUUUUUUCCGUACUGUAAAGAUUUAGAAAUUACAGAAGGAAAUCUCACAGGAAAUUUGAAUUGUAUAUUUCAUGUGCCAGUGUAGCAAUAGACUAAUAGUGUAAAAUACUGACUAUAAAAUUAUUAUGAUUUUUUUUUUGGUA